AUCUGAGUUUGCGCGCUUCGAUGUGCAUUUGAACCUUGAGGCAGGAGCUCCUCCACGCGGGCACGCUUGUCAGUGAGAGCCGGAGUUGAGCCGAGGACCACGAAAUUCGCCUCCAUCGCGCUUUCCGCAAGGUAUACACGGGGCAACCCGAGUUAAAGUAUGCACGAGAGACGUGCUGUGCAUCUCGAGCACCUCGCUCUUGCUUUCGUUGCUGCCAGACUUUGGUCACGGUCCUCACAGACAAUAUGCCCAGCUGCUCGUCGUGCGGACGUGCGUUUGCGAAGGAGCCCGCGCUCCGACAACAUUGUAAGGAUAAAGGUCACACAUUUUACGUUGCUCAGGUGGUGGCCGCUCCAGUGGUCACCCCAGUGGUCACCCCAGUGGUCGCCCCGGUGGUCGCCCCGGUGCGGAAGUGCAAUGUCUGCAACUUAAUCUUUGCAUCUGAGGCUCGACUCGAUGCGCAUUAUCAAGCGUCGCCCAAACAUCCAUCAUGCAGCCGCUGCGGCGAAUCGUUCAAAGACCUGACACAACUAAGUAAGCAUAUAGCGGCCGCCCAUAUUCUGAAGAAAGCAGCGGCACCGGCUUCAGCUGUCCCUUCGUCGCCGGCAGCCCCGCAGCCAAUUCAAACCACGCCUGCUCAGCCAGCAGCGUCCACCUCUGCAUCAGGGACGUCAACCUCGAAAGGGAAGGCAGUUUCGUGGGGCGUGUGUGGGUCCUGCCAUGGGUCAAUCUUGGAUCUUCAAACACACUACGACUACUCCACGCAACACCCGAAGUGCGAAGAAUGCAACAUGGGGUUUCUCGAUGCCUCGGCCUUGCAAAUUCACACGACCUCCGCGCACCCACCCAUCCAAUGCACGUCAUGCGGAGAGGGAUUCGCCGACGCAUUGAGCCUGCAGAAUCAUAUGGCCUCCGCGCACCCAUCCCCUCAAUGCAAGACGUGCGGAAGGCUGUUCACGGGGACCGAGGACCUCAAGCAGCAUUACAGAGACUCGCCAAACCACCCCUCGUGCGCCUCAUGUAGUAUUGGCUUCCCAGACGCCGCGACCUUCCAACGUCACAUGGUGGAUGUCCAUCCGACACCCGUGCAGAUCCCAUCUCCGGUGUCAAGUGAAGAGUCGUUCGUCGAGGUGCGACGGGAGACGCCCCCGACCCCGGAGGACUACCUUGAGACACGCUCGCUGCCCACGACGCCGCUCGUGUGUCCGACGCCGAGUUCCGCCACAUCGGCUCGGAGUGCGCUUUCUCUGAAGACCCAGAGCGAUGCUUCGUCAGUAUCGUACUCGUCUCGACGUGCCUCGGAGCCGAGUCUUCCUUCGGCAUUCCUUUCUGGCGACGGCGCCUCGGCGCCUUGGGCCGAUUAUCCGCUCGAUACUCCCCAGUCCCCCGCCCACGAACACUUCGACUACGCAAGCGAGGCUGGCGUGACACACGAGCCUCCGCCGAGUGCUACCACCAUGCAGUCCGCAGUCCUCGAGCUCACAGACGCAUCGAGCGUGGCUGAGCCGUAUACACCGAGGUCCAGUUCUCUGGGGACUAUCACUCCCAUGGAGACGCCGCAAAUCCGCACAAUACAUGUGCCACUCGGUCGACCUCACGUUGAACGCCCGGAGUCGGCACUGUCAUACGUGAGCGAACACGCCUCGGUCAAACAAACCCCUUUUCAGCAGGCAUCAUCCGCUGCCGUGGCCCGAGACGAGAUAGACGAAGUCGCCUCGGCGGGGUCGAGAGCCAUGCACCGGGUUGUGAAUGCGGUGCAGUCGAGGCCUCCGUCGGUUGCGUCCAGCGUGGCUCGACGGCACGAGCAUUCCAGAUCGCGGUCGGCGUCGUCCAAAGCACGUUCAGAUGAGCCCUCAGAGCUGUCCGCGAACUCUCUGGGAACGACUGUGACGCCUACGAAGGUGGUCUCCCCAGCGAGGCCUUCCGUCCCUUCGAGCGCCGUGUCGUGGCAUUGUAGGUCUUGCAUGAAGGACCCUUGCGAAGAGCCGACUGCGACGGUGUGCGGACAUAUCUUCUGCCAUCAAUGCAUCAUCAAGGAACUCGCUACGAGUAUGGCCUGCCCAGUGUGCAAGAAGAUGUUUUUGUUGAGGCUGCACGUGGAGUCAGUGUAAGGGUAGGCGGAUGUCUCGCUGCUAAUCAUCAUGUGUACGAUGUGGUAUUUAGUCUCAUGGAUGCUUGUUUAUACAAUGCUCCUCACAAAUGACUUGAAACA